GAGAAAAAAUUUAUUUAUAACUGAGACAUCAUACAUAGUGUUUACAAAACUAAUUGGGUUAUAACAUCCUGCUAUAAUGACCAAUAUCGACGCAGACAGACUAGCAGAAUACAAAGAAGUGUUUGCCAUCUUCGACAAAGACAACGACGGUACGAUCAACGUAAGCGAGCUCGGCAGGGCCCUCCGGUCUCUGGGUCAGAACCCCACGGAGAAAGAGGUGCAGGAGAUGAUUGAAGAGGUUGAUGUCGACGGAAGCGGAUGUAUAGAGUUUGAUGAGUUCUGCAAUAUGAUGGAGAAAAAGCGCGAGGACGCAGGCGACCCGGAAGAGGAAAUGAGGGAGGCUUUCAAGGUGUUCGACAAGGAUGGCAGCGGAACAAUCAGCGCAGAGGAACUCCGGUUCGUGAUGGCCAACCUGGGAGAAAAGCUUUCCGAUGCGGACAUCGACGACAUGAUGAAGGCAGCAGACACAGACGGGGACGGAGAAAUCAAUUACCAAGAAUUCUGCGCCAUGAUGAGUUCACAAUAGCUAAAAGGGAUUGUACGUUUCCAUUUGGUAGUUAUUUAUACACAUUUCUGCGUUUCAUGCAUUUUAAUUGUGGCUUUAUUUAAGUCAUUAAUAAUAUACAUUUAAUCGUGUUCAAUCAUUUUAUCACACACAUUGUUAAGUAACGAUUUCUUAUUUGUAAAAAUGCAAUACAUU